GUGUUUGACGGCGUGGCCAUGGAUGGGGAUCCCGUGCGAGCCAUGUGCCUGCACCUCAUGGCCGCAUGCCAUGCCAGGCUCGGCGACCCCGACGAGUGUCUCUCCCUCCUUGUGCAGUGCGAAGCAGCGCUGGAAGCUGCCAAGAAGCUUCAGAGCCUCAUGCAAGAGCAAGACGUAGCUGGGACUGAGCGGGAAAUAGGAUCAGAUGGGGGGGAGAGGUGCGGAUCGGGGAGUGGAGGUGCAGGGGUGGAGAGUGGGGGAGAUUCGGGUAGCAGAGGAGGAGAGGGUGGAAGGGUAGAGGGUGGUGAUGGGGAGGGGGAGGGGGAAGAAGCAGCAGCAGCGAUGGCACAAGGGACAGCAGAUGCCAUCCACAUGGUUGGGUUCGCCAUGCACAUGCUGCGAGCUGACGUCAGCAGUGCGAGGGGCGACAUGGACACUGCAUUGAAGGCGUACAGGACUGCUCUCGAGCUACAAGAGGACGCACUGGGUGCAGAGGACCCAAGAGUAGCAGACGCACUUCAGCAUGUGGGGGAGGAGUGUGCGCGGCACAUGCGGUUAGCCGACGCCCAUGCCAUGGGGAUGCGCGCGCUGCAGCUGCAUGAGGCGCACAGGAGGGGGUUGGAGGAGCGGAUGGUAGUGGAGGAGGGAAGUGGGGAGGGGAGAGAAGGGGGAGGGGAGGGUGCGGAGGGAGGAGGGGUGAGAGGGGAGGAGCUGAGGGAGAGAGUGAGGGAGGAGUUGGAGGGGAGUGGGGGGGAGGAGGUGAGGAGGGAGUAUGAGGAGGCUGUAAUGAAGGAGGUGGCUGACCACCGUCUGCUAGCAGCAGUGCACGCCGGUCAAGGUGACGCCUCCCCCGCCGUCCACCACCUCUCAGCAGCAGCCGCCCUUCUCUCCUCCCUGCUCUCCUCGCCCUCCCCGCCCUCCGCCCUCUCCCCCCUCGACCUCGCCUCUGUGCACCUCGCCACUGUUGAUAUCAUCCUUCACUCGGGGCUGCUGCAGAGAGGGGAUGGAGAGGAGAUGGGGGAGAUGGGGGAGAUGGGGGAGGAGGGGGAGGAGGGGGAGGAGGGGAAGCGCGGGGGGAGGGGGGAGAAGGGGGGUGAAGAGGAGGCGGAGAACGGGGAGGGGAUCAGCGGCAGAGAGCAGCAAGGGGAAGGACUGGGUACAGGAUUAGGAGGAGGAGUAAGGGGAGGAGAUGAGGGAGGAGUAGAGGGAAGAUACGAGGGAGGAGUAGAGGGAGGGGAGGGGAGAGAGGAGGCGAUGGAUAUGGCAGUGUUGGCGUUGGAAGCACUGAAGCAGUGUGUGGCGGUGCAGGGGGAGGAGCUGGGGAAGGACCACCCUGCUGUGGCGAGGACGUAUGCUCUCGCUGCUGAUGUUUAUUGGCAGAUAGGGCAGGCUGAGGAGGCAGAGAAAGUGAGCAAGCGAGCAAUAAAGGUACUGUCAGCCAUGCCAGCGGCGCACCAGCGCAGUGAGGAGGCAGCAGCAGCGCUCUCCCACGUGGCUCUGCACCUCAAACGCACCGACCGCUGUGGCAUGGCCGUGCCUUUAUUGCAACGAGCGCUCGGUAUUCGAAAGGAGCACCCGGACCACUUGCUGCAGGCUGUGGGCACAGCAACAGACCUCGCCUCUCUCCUCCUCUCCCUCCGCCGCCCCAACGAAGCCCUCCCGAUCCUCCUCUCCGCCCUCCCCUCCCUCCGCUCCUUCCUCGGCCCCUCCCACGCCGCCUCCCUCCCCCUCCUCUCCCUCCUCUCCGCGGCCCACUCUUCUCUCGACCAAUGGAGCGAGGCUGCUGGAGUGGUGGGGGAGAUGUGGGAGGUGGCGAGAGGGGAGGGGAUGGGGGAAGCUAUGGGGGAGGCUAUGAGGGGCGAUGAGGCGGCGAUUGGCAUGUGGAUACCCCUGGCAGAUGCUCUUGGCAGUGAGGAGAGGUUCUUUCUGCUGCAGCGAGCAGUGGAGCAGGCAGCAAGAGGAGCAGAGGCAGGGGGGAAGAGCAAUGGAAGGGGAGAGGCAGGGGAGGAUGCAUCAGCUAGAGCUCGCUGGCUUGAGGUGCUGAGGGAGAUGACAAUGAUCGCCCGAUUCGCCUUUCCUGCCGCCCAAUUCGCCUUUCCCGCCGCCCAAUUCGCCUUUCCCGCCGCCCGAUUCCCCUUUCCCGCCGCCCGAUUCCCUUUUCCCGCAGCCCGAUUCCCCUAUCCCGCCGCCCGAUUCCCCUUUCCCGCGACCCGAUUCCCCUUUCCCAACGUCCGAUUCCCCUUUCCCGUCGCCCGAUUCCCCUUUCCCGUCGUCCGAUUCCCCUUUCCCGUGCUCGAUUCCCCUUUCCCGCCGCCCGAUUCCCCCUCCCAUUCUCCCCUUCCCCGCCUCCCAUUCUCCCCUUCCUGUCUCCCAUUCUUCCAUUCCCGCUUCCCAUUCUCCACUUCCCAUCCAUAG